AGGGAGCUGUUCUACUUAAUGGAAAGCAUGUUGAUGUUGCCAUGACAACAUUUGAAGAUAGAUUGUUACUCAUUGUUACCCAGUAUCAAAAGCUUGGAACAUUGGUACAUGUUACUAGAGACAAUUUCCCCUUAGACAAGAGGGAAGAAACAUACUCAACCCAGGUCUUACUUGGAAAUGAUGAGCCUGUGAUGCAUGUCUUUGCAAGGAACAUUGCCAAACAUGUAUUAAAGACCCAUUCCAAGCCUCUUCUAUUGAGUCUAGCACUGGAGGACUACACACCGACAGUUAUGAAGGGCAUUGAGAAGGUCAUACAGGACUAUGUUAUAUGAAUCUA